AGUGAAUCAGUUCUUCGAUUACGAAAAUAUAUGUUGUUCGAUUAAAUCAUCAGUUCUUUGAUAAUCGAUUCAGUGAAUCAGUUCUUCGAAGUUCGAUUCAGUUCUUCGAUUUGUGGCAGUGGCAGGCGUUGAUUAAUUUGUGGUAGACGUUGAUUGAUUCGGGAAUUAGGGCUUAUUCAGCAGGUGUCUAGCAGCACAUUUUUAGGCUGUGGAUGGUCUAAUAGUGCAGUGUUGGAAGCAGCUAAAAAACCUUUGGUGCAACACCACCACCAGCAGUGAUCAAUAAAAAUGGCGGUGGUAGAGGGUGGAGACUGCAGGCAGUGGGAUGAAGACGCCUACAGAGACAGCAUCUUAGCAGACAGGGAAUCCACAUCCCUCACCAUCUUCCGUACCGUCUUCUCCCCCUCUCCUACUAACCCUAAUUUCAUCGUGGCUGCCUCUAGCGAUGGUUCCAUCGCAACCUACUCCUUGUCCUCUCUAAUCUCCUCCCUCUCACCAGGUUUUGGGAAUUCUAGGGCUCAAAAUUUAUUUGUAGCUGAACCACAUUGUUUACUUCAUGGGCAUGAUGGGCCUGCUUAUGAUGUCAAGUUCUAUGGUGAUGCUGAAGAUUCCUUGUUGUUGAGUUGUGGUGAUGACGGUCGGAUUCGAGGAUGGAAGUGGAUGGAUAUUUUGGAAGAAAAGCAGGAUAGUUUAUCGCAUGGUGAUCUUUUGAAGCCGCAACUUGACUUAGCAAAUCCUCAACAUAAAGGUCCUUGGGGUGCUCUUUCUCCUAUCCCUGAAACUAAUGCUAUUGCUGUUGAUACUCAGGGAGGUUCCAUAUAUGCAGCUGCUGGUGAUUCUUGUGCCUAUUGUUGGGAUGUGGAGAAAUCUAAAAUCAAAAUGACUUUUAAAGGGCAUGCUGGUUAUCUACAUUCUGUUGUUGCUCGGAAUUCUUGUAAUCAGAUUAUAACUGGCUCAGAGGAUGGAACAGCCAGAAUUUGGGAUUGCAGAAGUGGAAAGUGUACUAAUGUAAUUGAGCCAGGAAAAGAUAAGAAAUCGAAAGAGUUCUUUUCAUACGUCAGUUGCAUUGCUCUUGAUGCUAAUGAAAAGUGGUUGGCUUGCGGCUCUGGGCGAAAUUUAUCUGUGUGGAAUCUUUCUGCUUCUGAAAGAAUUUCAGGGAUCACGACACGUGCUUGUAUCCAAGAUAUAUGCUUUGAUGAUAAUCAAAUAUUAGCUGUGGGAGCAGAACCAGUUCUGAGUAGAUAUGACGUAAAUGGUGUUGUGCUGUCCCAGAUACAAUGUGUACCUCAGUCAACAUUUUCUGUUUCCUUACAUUCAUCGGGUGUUAUCUGUGUUGCUGGUUAUGGUGGUGUAGUAGAUGUUAUCUCUCAAUUUGGAAGCCAUUUAUGUUCAUUCCUUAAAUCGUUGAUUGAUGUAGUAGAUCAGUUAAGAUAUAUUAACUCUAAAGUUUCUGUCAUGGCAGGCGCAGCACCAGAAGGUUCUCAGUUUGACACUCGUCACUUUGAUUCAAAAAUGAACGAGUUGCUUUCUACUGAUGGACAGGACUUUUUUACAUCAUAUGACGAGGUUUAUGAUAGCUUUGAUGCUAUGGGUUUGCAAGAAAACUUAUUAAGAGGCAUCUAUGCAUACGGUUUUGAAAAGCCAUCAGCAAUUCAACAAAGGGGAAUUGUCCCAUUCACCAAGGGUCUUGACGUAAUUCAACAAGCUCAAUCAGGAACCGGAAAGACAGCAACCUUUUGCUCCGGUAUUCUUCAGCAACUUGACUACAAUGUAGUGGAGUGUCAGGCUUUGGUUCUGGCUCCAACCCGUGAGCUUGCACAGCAAAUUGAGAAAGUUAUGCGGGCCCUUGGUGACUACCUUGGUGUGAAGGUUCAUGCUUGUGUGGGUGGAACCAGUGUUCGUGAGGACCAGCGCAUCCUCUCAGCUGGGGUCCAUGUUGUUGUUGGUACACCUGGACGUGUUUUCGACAUGCUUAGGAGGCAGUCACUACGUGCUGAUUACAUCAAGAUGUUUGUGUUGGAUGAAGCUGAUGAAAUGCUUUCAAGAGGAUUCAAGGAUCAGAUCUAUGAUAUCUUUCAGCUGUUGCCAUCAAAGGUUCAGGUUGGAGUGUUCUCUGCAACCAUGCCACCUGAAGCCCUCGAAAUCACAAGAAAGUUUAUGAACAAACCCGUAAGAAUCCUUGUGAAACGUGAUGAACUCACCCUAGAAGGUAUCAAACAGUUUUACGUCAAUGUCGAAAAGGAAGAAUGGAAACUUGAAACCCUAUGUGAUCUUUACGAAACCUUAGCAAUCACACAAAGUGUCAUUUUCGUCAACACCCGACGAAAAGUUGACUGGUUGACCGACAAGAUGCGUAGCCGAGACCACACAGUCUCCGCCACACACGGUGACAUGGACCAAAACACCCGUGACAUCAUCAUGCGUGAGUUCCGAUCUGGUUCAUCACGUGUGUUGAUCACCACUGAUCUUUUGGCGCGUGGUAUUGAUGUCCAACAAGUGUCACUUGUGAUCAAUUAUGAUCUUCCUACACAACCGGAAAAUUAUCUUCACCGUAUCGGACGAAGUGGGCGAUUUGGGAGAAAGGGUGUUGCGAUUAAUUUUGUGACGUUGGAUGAUGAACGGAUGCUUGCUGAUAUUCAGAAGUUUUAUAAUGUGGUGGUUGAGGAGUUGCCGUCCAAUGUUGCUGAUCUGAUUUAGAAAAUGAUCUUGGGAUGUUGGGCUGGCUUGUUUAAGUAAGAAAGGUCAAAGGUUAGAACCUGUUUUUUGAAAUCUAUCGGUUUUGGUUGUUUUAAGUUUAAUGUAUGACAUGGUGUUCUAAGAUAUUUGGAACUUAUUAUAUUUGUGUACCCCGGAUGCGGAUUUGUUUAUUAUUUCAUCUUUUGGUAUAAUUAUUAUAAUGUAUUUGUGGUUAGUUUUUUGGUCUA